AUGUUGUCUAACUCGGACUCUUUGAAGCGAUAUCUUUUACACCUCCCUGCAAACUCCGAAUUCAAGUUCACCAAUGAACUGAAGCGAGACAUAAGGAAGGCGCUCUUUUGGGCCGCAUCCAGCCAAGGUCAAUUUCUUGACUGGGUUUUCCCGUUAACGUUCCAGCAAGCUGCCCAGCAGAACCAGGACCAAGACCAAAGUGAAUCGUCCACAUUUUCAGAUGCUAUUCAAAAAAUUGAAGACUUUAACUGGCUGUUCACCGAGUACUGCAAGGCCACACUCUCUAAGAAAGUCCAUAAUCAUCACGCCUUCCACUUAAACCUGCCCUGUGCCAGGAUUUUCCGCAAAGGUGAACCCAUAUAUCGAUGUCUCACCUGUGGGUUUGACGACACCUGUGCUCUCUGCUCCAAUUGCUACCUUCCCGAGAACCAUGAGGGCCACAAGGUGCACAUCACUAUCUGCUUACGUGAGAAUGGUGGGGUGUGUGAUUGUGGGGACCCUGAGGCCUGGGUCAAGGAAUAUGUUUGUCCGUAUGCUUCACAGGAUAAGGAUACACCCCAGCAGAAGAAGGAUACUCCGGCUGAACUCCAGAAGUCUUUCUUAGAAACCAUAGAAAUCUUGUUGGACUAUGUCAUCGAUGUAAUGUCACAGUGUGACUUGCAUUUCGAGAAUCCCCUUGAGAUGGAGCCCAAUAGAAUCGAGAUUUCGACCCAUAAAUCCUGUUUAGAUCCAACCAAGUAUGGAUACCCAGACUCCGAUGAAACCAUCAGAAAUCUCGAUAGAAGUUCAGAUAAAUAUUACUUAAUGGUCUACAACGACCAGAUACGGCAUUACAGAGACGCUGUGCAGAGAAUCUACCAUGCUAGUAAGAAAGUCCCACAGUUUGCAGUAAUGGUAACAGAAAAAGUGCAAAAUUACGGUAAAGCUAAAGUUAUUAGCUCUUCCGACAUUAAAUUACUACAAGAUAGGCAAAAGGUCUUAAGUUCAACGGGUCUCGCCACCUGCAUCAGGCUGCAUAGAGACAUCUUUAGGGAGGAUAUGGUCGAUGAAAUAUUGAAGUGGAUUUACGAACUUACUGAAAGUGAUAUGUUCAAAUCUAAUUUCGAUUUUAAGAAUUUGAUCUGUAAGGCAUUUAUCGGAAGAUGGAAUAACGGGCUCUUAAAUGUCGGUGAUCUGGAUGGAUCAUCCUCCUCGUAUAGCUACAAAGUAGGUACUUUAGACCCAUUUCUCAAGAUACCAAAAAUUCCAAGUGCUAAGAGUUACUACAGGAAUCAGCCGGGUAUGAUGACAAGCUCACCACCCUCGCAUUGGGACUUCACUCCCUCUAAAUGGGAACUUAGAGAUGAUAUUUGCAAUGAAUGCGAUUAUAAUUUAACAGAAGAAGAUUACCAGCCUGACGUGAGCCAUCUUGGAUCAAGAUUCCAAUAUUUUAUUUACCUCGAUAUCAGAUUUUGGAAAUCAAUUAGAUCCUUACUUCAUGAUAUGUAUUCUACGUCGCUUAUUACGAAUUUGCAAUACAAAUUCAUAAUAAGUUGUCAGUAUGUUGAUAUAUACCCUGGAAUGGCUGACAUGUUUUUAACCAUGGACAGAGAACCUGAGAUGAAUGUGAUGUGUACUUUAUCAACGCAACUUUUCACUUGUCCGACAAAUUCUACUUCCAUCGUGAAGCAUGGUGAUUUGUCUAGAAUUUUUGCAUCCAUUUACGGGUUCUUAACUACUGAGGAAAUAAGAUCCCCUGAUAAUAUUGAACUUUCUCAUGAAAUAUCCUUAAAAUCGUUGAAGAAUAGAAGGUGGGGGCAAAUAUUCUUCGAUAUUGGUUAUAUCUUGAGUAGGAGCAAACAGCUGAAAACAAUCUUAACUGGAAAUAUAGUUCCAAUGGCAUGCGAUAUUCUAGCACUAUUCCAAGGUAGACCAGUUAUGAAGAGGGAAAGUAAGAAUCAUAUUGAAUAUGAAAAUCCUGAUUAUACUGCAUUUUUCCACGCAAUCCUGGUCAUAUACCAAUUUGCUUGGGUCAUCUCAAGUUGCUUAAGUAACUUGGAAAAGAAAGACAAACUUAGUCCAGAAGAGAUGAAAACCAUUUCUAACAACGUUAUUGACUAUGUGAUACAAUUUUUGUUGAAAUUAGAGAAUAAUGAUUACCCUGGGUUAAUCGACGAAUUUGUGGACAUCCACUUGAGUGACGAUAAGACGAGAAGUAUCAGAACUAUCACAGAAGAAAUAGAGGGUAGUGUAAUACAAAAGUAUGACAUUGACAAAGAAAAGGUUAGUUUUUUACAUCCAAUACAUUCUUUUUUAUCUUGGCUAAUGGAAGUUUCGAAUUUCUCGUCAGCUGAUGAAAUUAGAAGUAUAUUCGAGAAAGCUGCAAGGCUGCAAUCGCAAAGUCAGCAACUUCAAUCAAUUACAAGCAUCUCUAGUGGAAUUACUGAGAGCACCCCAAUAUUUGAAUAUCCAAUUCGUACAAUUGUCUUGAUGUCUCAAAUUAAAUCAGGGUUUUGGGUGAGAAAUGGGUUUAGUGUAAGAUCUCAAUUACAGCUCUACAGGAAUACGUUAUUGAGAGAAAGUGGGUACAUGAGGGACUUAUUUUUGAUCCAAGUGUUUAUCAAUACCAAUUCACCAAACCUUGUAUGUUUCCUAUUAUUGAAUAGAUGGCUCUUAUUAGAUGGCUGGAUAAACAAUAGUGAGCCUGCAAAGCUCGAGGAACUAGACAAUAGUGGCGAAGAAGUACUGAAGCAAACUGAAUGUAGCUAUGAUAAAAAUACCCUUCCUUAUAUGAUCGAAGAGUGUUUGAAUUUCUUUAUUCAUGUUUUAACUGAAGACCUUUAUUUGAGAAAUUUAAGCAACGAAAAGAUUAGCGAAUUAAGAAUACGCAAUGAAAUUAUUCAUAAUCUAUGCUUUGGAGCAAUGAGCUAUACCAAACUAUGUGCUCAAAUUCCUGAUCAUAUUACUUCAGAAAAGAAGUUUGACAUGAUCUUGGAGGAUAUGUCUACUUUCGUCUCUCCAAGUGGAGCAAAGGACAUAGGGGUUUACAAAUUGAAAGAAGAAAACUUUGAUAAACUUAACCCGUAUUACUUCAAUUAUACCACAAACACGAAAGAUGAUGCCAUUAAGUUUGUUAAAGAUAGAGAACAUAAAAAGACUGGUAAGCCAAAGAGCGAAAUUGUAGUAAAGCCGAAAAUUAACCAGUCAGAAGUAUUAGGUGCUUAUAAAUUUGUGGGAAAUUUUGCGGUUUCUAUUUAUUUUCAAAAGUUUAUGAUCAAAACAUUGAAAUAUAUUUUACAAGAAGGAGCUGAAAAGACCGAAUCUUUAUUGGAAACUGUCCUUCAUCUAAUCCAUAUCUGCUCUUACGAAAAUACUAUUGAUGUGGAGAAGUAUGGCACAUUCUAUGAUAUAUUCAUUCAAAAGCAUGAUACAACAUCUGUGGCCACAUUGUUGUAUAAGUUUCUUUGUUCCGAAGCUUUUAAAGAUCAUCACUCUAAGAUUAGAUCCGUAUAUAGGGUAUUUGAAAAGCAUGGGAAGUACCCAUUAUACAGUACUUUAGAAGCUGCAAUCCCCGAUUUUAAUUUCAAGAUGUUAGAAGAAAAUGAUACCACCGCUUUUGAUGAAAAUGAACAAGAGAGAAAGAAGAGAAUUGCUAAAGAUAGACAGAAGAAACUUAUGGCGAAGUUUAAAAAGCAACAAACCCUGUUUCUUGAAAAAAAUAGGGCCAGCACCUUGGCAGCCUCGUUAAAUACAAAUUCAACAAAUUCAAGCAGUGCAACAACUAGCCUUAGUACAAAUCCAGAUGUCAGUGAUAUUGAUAUGGAAAUUGACACAGAACCUGAUGAUGACAGCGAUCUAGUAGGGUGGAAGUUUCCCGAGCCACAUUGUUUGCUCUGUCAGAAUGCUGCUGAAGAUGCUGGUCCAUUUGGUAUUAUUACCAGUAUUUCCAAGUCGUCAGAAUUUAGGACUGUUCCGUUUGAGGACGAUUAUUGGUUUUUGAAAUCUUUUUCCGACAAUGCGUGCCUAGAUUUAAGUGAUACUGAAAAUAAUACUGAGUUGAACAGUAGUGGCUGGAAUAGCUAUAUGAAGCAAAUUAAAGACAAUAAUGUCGUUGGUCCUGGCUUUACGCUGCACGAGAAUGUUGACAACAAAUUGGUAUCAUCAAGCUGUGGUCAUGGAAUGCACUUCCAGUGCUAUCUCAACUACUUGAAUACAAGUAGGGGAAAGCUGAAUCAAAUUACUAGAAACACGCCUGAAAAUAUUGAUCAGAAAGAAUUCUUGUGUCCAUUGUGCAAAUCGAUCAACAACAUGUUCAUGCCGAUUUUAUGGAGUUCUAAUAAGAGAAAAUUAUCAACAUUUUUGAAUCCGAGUUCAGAAACUGUUCAGGAGAAAAAAUCUCCGUUUGAAAAUCUUAGUAUUGAAGUCGCUCGUGAUAAAGAUUGGUUUGAGAACUUCUUGCAGCUAACAAAUAUGGAUAUUAUAGAUUCCGUAAGCUUGACACAAACAGCAACGGAGAUGAUUGAGCAGCAUACAAAGGAAAUAUCCACUAAUACAAAUCAAUUAUCUUCAAGUAGUCAAUCAUUCCGGCUACUUUUAUCUAACAUGUUCCAAACAUUGUCACUGUUAACAUUCCCACAAUCAUUCAAAGUUGACUCGACUGCUAUACUUGUAAAUACGAUAAAGUCGACAGAAAUUGGGUUAAGAGGUGUACCAUCAAAUGGAAGUCUUGUGAUUUCUCAAUUGUCAAACAAUUCCCUUAUUAAUUUAAGAACGUUAAAUGAGUUUAGAAAUACUAGUCUUCUUUUGAAGUCUAAAUUGCCCAUGGAAAAAAACCAAAGAUUAGAGCUUUACAUUAAACUAUUGGCAAAUUUGCUCUUUUUAAGUAAGGAUGACUUCAAUGUUUCUAUAUUGGAAAGAGAUUUCUUUGAAAUCUUAGUAACAAUUUUCCCACUUCCAAGAUCAGGAUUUGAUUUUAAUUCAAUAUUGAAAAUUUGUAUCAUUGGACAAGUGAUCCAAAACUUCAAUAUUAUUUGCAGUGAAAUAGUUCAAAACAAACUCUUUCAAAACCAUAGAAGCUAUUCAAUAUUGGAUGUUCCUAGUGUUGGUGGCAUAUCUGACGAAGCUGCCCUUGUAUGCACUAAGAUGUUCAAGAGACUUCAGAGCAGCCCCUCAAAGAAGAAUAAAGACGGAGAUAUUGAUAUUUCUGAUAGUAACUGUGUUGAUUGUCAUAUCGAAAAUGAAGUCGAAUUUGGAAAAAUUAUAUAUUCAAUGGUUCUUAAAGCUACUACUCCAUUUUACAGGAGAGCAGCUAUCUACGCGUUCUCUUCAUGUGCGGAUACUGAGAAUAUGGAUUUAUUACUAUCUGACGAAGAAGGCAGUAAACUUGAAGCCGACAGGAUUUGCAAGUUUAUGCAUGCUGACUUGUUUGCCGAGACUGUGAUGAAAUUUUCAGAACAGGGAACGUUUGAAAAUACCAAAUUCAAUUUAUUCUUAAACCAUCUAGAAUAUACUGCUGGUACGUCAAGACAUCCGCAAGGAGAAGUUGCUGAUUUGCGCAAGAAACUCGAAUACCCUGGGUUAAUUAGACUUAUUGACUUGCCGGAGAGAUUGGAUUUCUUCUUCACUAACUAUUAUUAUCUGGAUAUAUACGACAAUCCUCAUCGAUGUAUCGAGAAUCCAGCGAUUUGCUUAUUUUGUGGUAAAGUAGUUGACGUGCAAAAAUCAGCAUUGGGAUGCAAAGAGGGUCAAUGUACAACGCACUACCGCAAAGAGUGCUCUAACAGCAUAGGUAUAUUUCUCCUUCCUAAGGAACGCUGCGUCCUCCUUAUGCAUAAGAAUGGAGGUUCAUUCUACAAUGCUCCGUAUUUGGACCAACACGGGGAGUUGGCGUCGGAAUCCAAGCGCAUGAAGACGCUCUACUUAAUGAAAUCUCGAUAUGACGACUUCAUUAGAAAUGUCUGGCUACAGCAUGAUAUACCAAACUAUGUAGCAAGAAAGCUCGAUAGUGUGAUGGAUGCUGGAGGUUGGGAUACAUUAUAG